GGAGAAGCGGCCGCAGCCGCAGCUGCCUCGGAGCUCUGAGGAGCUGGAGGAUUUGCAAAAGCUGCUGCACUUCCCGGAGGAGGUGGCGCUUAGAUUGGCGGAGAGCGAAUACCAACUGUUCUAUCAGGUGCCGCCAGGUGAAUACCUCCGUCACGUCUAUCAAGCUUUAAGGACUUCAAAGCAGCGCCAUCAGCAGCAGCAAAACCAACAGCAACACAGGGACCAGGCGAGCGAACAAAGCGCCGGCCCGAGCUUCACCAGCAGUUACACGCAAACCGAGGACAAGGCCUCUUGGCCUACCUCCACAGCUUCCGUCAACGUGCAGCAUCUCGCUGAUCGUUUUUCCGCAGUGACCUCAUGGGUGGUGCACGUAAUACACAGUGGAACGACCAGCGAGGAGAAAUUGGCCCUGCUCUCGUGCUUGGUGAGAGUGGCUCAGACAUGCUGGAACAUCGGCAACUUUAAUUCCGCCAUGGAAAUAGUUGCCGCUUUCAAAAAUGCCAACUUGAAGCCAUUCUGGCAAAGUGUCAACGAGUCGAUCACCGUAUUGGAAUACCUAUCUUCCGCUCUUCUGUCUUCCGAAUACGACAAUGCCCUGGCCCGUGCCCUGGCGAUGCCGGAAUGCCCGGUGGUACCGUUCUUCGGAGCUUUUCUACACGAGCUCCGAGCAAUCAUCGCUACCCCCUCGAAGCCUCCUUCGGAGAGCAGAGAAAAAGAGACUUCCCGCGCUAGCAGUAAGGAGGGUGAAUCCCUCGACAACGUGCCUUUACUCUCGCCUGGAGCGAGAAACAUCGGUGGUGACGCCGAUUCUCCCCGUUAUCCUCCUCAUUCGCAACAACAAAAACAACAACAUACCUGUGAGCAACAACAUGAUGCCGAGCUACGGCGUCGGAAUCUCGAACGAUCCGAUAGCCAUUCCGAGCCUCAGUCGCCAAGGCGUAAACCCUCAGACGAUGAGCCCACCAUUCAUUCCGUUCUCGAUAAGAUAAUGCUCUUCCAUCAGCAUCGUCACCACCGUGGCAAAGAUGCAACGACUGGCUCGUUGCAUCGUACGUUGAGCUUUCACACCUCAUCCUUGGAGCAGACAUACAUGGGUGAUGAGUGUGACGAAAACGACUAUCAUCUUGACCUCGACUCCUACAAACCAGUGCAGCCUGUCAAGCACGAUCAUGGAGUCGCCCUGUUUCCUGUAGCCGCGCCUCAAAAUGGCAUGGACCUACAUUUUCUUCAGAUAUUGCAUCACGGCACAACGUUGGUGCACUGGGAAUGCGAAGGAGGUGCGUCGCGAACAGCACUAGUAUACGCUCGCAUAGAUCGAGCAUGCGGCACGUUUAUCUGGGAGAAGCCGACAUGGAGCCCAUUGAAAACGGGAACGGCGACGCAGCCAAGCACCAUGAACGAGUUUACAUUGACGGUGGACGCGGAAGAAGUGGUGUCGAGUGGCCUCGUCGCACGUUAUGGUGCUUCACCGGCCGACUGUGCUGCCGUUACACUCGAAGAAGGUUACCUCGAUCUGUCGUGCGUGAAGGAGGUAAUGAUUGGCUGUUGCGACCGCGACAGAGAUCAAGAUUUGCGGGCUAUUUGCAAGCGAUAUGGGCUACCUGGCUCGGACUCUUGCAUCGGCCUCAUGUACGGCUCCAAUCUAUCCGACAAUCGGCUCAUUUUUCUACUCUGUCCUCCGGCGCUCAGCAAGAUAUGGUACAUGGGCCUCUGCUGGAUUCUUCGUGGCCUGAAACGCCAGCAGCAGCUGACGGAUCGUCGCUCACGUUGGCUAAAGGAGAAAUAUCUGCAGCUAUACUUCGAAGAGGGCUGCGUGGAGCCGAUGACGGCAGACGCGAUACGUAUCUUCGGCGGUCGUGACUGGUCGAUGACGGAGAACAUCGGUACUUUAUCGCCCACCGGUGGCAACGCCAUGCGCAAGCGGAACGUCAAGAGCAAGAAGACCAAGUCCAUUGGAAAUAUUCACGCGCUUACUAAGGAGAGCUUCAAGCAAUACGAUGCCUCGACGCCAGAGGUUGGUUUAUCGGCAACGCCCCUACGGCACAUCCAGGGCAGCCGCGAGUCGUUGACGAAAAUGAUGCCGGCCUCGCCACGAGCAGGGAGCAGGGAGCAGCAGCGUGUCGCCGUUGUCGGAGGUGGAGUUGUCGCAGUGGCGGCGGCCGCCGCAGCGGCAACUACUCCGCGUUCGCCCCCAGGCUCCACCGAGCGAGUCGUCACUCUGCCUUACGCCAGUCUUCAAAGCCUAUUGUGUGUCGGCAGAGAAAAGGAGAAAAAUGGGUCGGCAGCGGCGUCAACGACUACAGGUCAACAUAGUCAGGUAACAAGUGUGACAAGUGGCACGGCCGAAUCACCAUGGCAGACGAAAGCUCGCACUACAUCCAUUAUGUACGAGACCCAGCUGAACUUCGUGGAAUUCGUGGCGUUGUUUCGCUCGUUCAGCUUGCGCGCUCGCAAAGACCUCAGGGAUCUGUUUGGCCAGCUUGCAAUCACCUGCAGAAGCCAAAGUGACGGCUCGCUCAGGGAUUUCAACUCGCUUAGACCCUCGGUUCUAAGGCAAACCAGCGAUGCCACGCCGCAACGAAUCGGUCUGCUAACACGCAACAACUCAAUUGACUGUCAUGAGUAUAAAAGCAGCAGCAACUUACACAAAAAGCAGAUAUUCGAUGCGAUAGCUGCUGCGAGCAUUGUGAAUAAUUGCUCAGGCGUAGAUACCUCCAAGUCCCAGGUCAUAACGCUCGCCACCUUCACCAAAUUUCUCGAAUCUCGCCAGCAGGAAAGACUUACCGACGAUGAAAUUAAGGCACUUAUCAAGAGACACGAGCCAGAUCCGGCGUUGCGCACACAAUGGUGUUUGUCCUUCGAAGGCUUUGCCCGCUAUAUGAUGGACAAGGACAAUUACGCUUUUCCCAACGAGUACGCGCUACCAGCCGACAGCGAGAUGCUGCAACCGCUUUCACAGUAUUACAUCGCAAGCUCGCACAACACCUACCUAACCGGACAUCAGCUCAAGGGCGAGUCGUCGGUGCAGCUUUACUCUCAGGUUCUGCUGACUGGCUGUCGAUGCGUGGAACUUGAUUGUUGGGACGGCGAUGACGGCUCACCUUUAAUCUAUCACGGGCAUACCUUUACCACCAAAAUCCCUUUCCGAUCCGUGGUCGAGGCAAUUGACAGGAGCGCCUUCGUUAGCUCGCCCUAUCCCGUCAUAUUAUCCAUUGAAAAUCACUGCUCGCAGAGUCAGCAAGCGCGAAUGGCACAAAUUUUUCAGACCGUAUUCGGCGAAAAGCUAGUCUCCAAGUUUCUUUUCGACUCGGACUUCGACGAUCCGCAAUUGCCGUCACCAUCAGCGUUGCGCUACCGUAUCCUCAUUAAGAACAAAAAAAUGGUCGUUGACCCGGCUGUACCGCCAGUACCCGUUCAAGCGCCAAGUACCUUAACGCAAGCACCAGCAGCCUCACAUCGUGGAAAGAUACUCAUGUCCGAGCGCGCUUCUUCGAUGAAACAAAUGCGCACGGAUGUGAGCAGCUCGUCGGUGGUUGAGUACUUCAGCGAGGACGAGGACGACGAUGAGGAUUACUACGAAUACGAUAAUGUUGAUGAUAAUUCAAUCUCAAGCUACGAGCGUUAUCUUGGUGGUGGUCACACGCACGUGCGUAUAAAAAGCGAUCCAGCAGUCGACGAUAAAUCGCAAAAACAAAGCAGUCAAAUCGCCAAAGAAUUGUCAGAUCUGGUGGUCUAUCUGCAGGCGAUUAAAUUCCGUGGGUUGAAUACAGCGCCAGGACCAUCCGGUGCAUGCAGGAUACGCCAUCAAGCGCAUACCGGCCAGGUGCAGCGCCAUAGUAUCGCUGGUAUCGGCACAACGAGUAUAGCUGGCUCGCUGUCCGGCUCACCGCAAAGCCUAUCCACCUCCACUUCGGUGGCUAGUGGCGCGAGCAACGCUGAGAAUCCCUUCAGUCGAUCACAACGGGGCAUGCCGGCAUGUUUUCAAACGUCAUCGCUGAACGAGAGUGCCGCCAAAAAGAUCUGUCGCAAACAGCCGUUAGGCGUGUUGGCCCACGCCGAGACACAACUCAUUCGUACCUAUCCGGCUGGCAUGAGAAUAGAUUCGUCGAAUUUUAGCCCCGUGAUAUUCUGGGCCUUUGGAAUACAAAUGGUCGCGCUCAAUUAUCAGACUGAUGACGCGGCCCUUCACCUCAACGCGGCAAUGUUUGAACAGAACGGCCAGUGUGGCUACGUGUGCAAGCCCUCCGUUAUGUGGGACAAGAAGCAUAUGAUGUACAGGCGAUUCAACCCGUGGGACAAGGAAUUUGACGGUCUACACUCAGCCCACCUAACCCUGUCUAUCAUCUCAGGUCAAUACGUGUCACCCUCGAACCUAUUAACCAGCACAUACGUCGAAGCUGAACUUGUUGGUAUCCCUAUAGACUGCUCUAAGCAUAAAACCAAAGUUAUUCAGGGUAACGCGCUUAACCCCAUCUGGAACGAGAAAUUCUGCUUCCAAGUGAUGUUCAAGGAUCUUGCUUUUCUUCGUUUUGGUAUCAUUGACGCCAAUUCACAUCAUCCAAUAGCUCAACGAGUGCUGCCUCUAAAAUGUUUGAGACCUGGUUAUCGACACGUUCGUCUACGGAACAUGAAGAACAGAUCUCUGGCACUGUCGACUAUAUUCAUUUAUUCGCGGAUGGAGGAGGAGAGUUUAGAUUACAAUACGUGCUGUAGAAAUCAUAAGGAGACGUCAAAGAGACCAUCAUCAAGCAAAGAGCCUGAAAAACUGACAACCGCAGAUCCUGGACUCGGAGGCGUAACUCUCAAGCGACGCAUGUUCUUCUUGAUGGUAUACCAUAUAAUGCCGAGCGAACCCUACACAAUUCUGAAAGUCACACAAGAAAGUACGACCCACGAGGUGAUGCUGCAAGCUCUGCAGAAAGCUAAUGUUUCAGCUGACCAUGUAGACGAGUACAUUCUCGUUGAGGAGGUGUCGCGUGGCUGGGAGAAGAGAGAUCGCGAAGAACUUCCAACUCAACGUGUAUUGGACGUUAACGAAAGACCACUUCAAGCUCAAGCUUCAUGGAAAGGUCAAGGUCGUUUUAUACUGAAGCGCGUUGGUGAUGAUCCGAGCAGUCGUGCCUGGUUAGCUUCGAUCAGAAGUACAGCUGGCCAUAUAAAGUUGAACGAGAAUAGCUCUAAUCGUGAGAUCACGCAUAUCUGGGAAGAGGCUGACACUUUCCUCGUGUGCAUCUACAACGUUUCGCCCGACAUUCCUUACGCCAUCUUGAGGGUACCCGUGACGAGUUCGGCCCAAGAUGUUCUAGCUCAAGCUCUGAUCAAGGCAAGGCGCAUGGAAGACCCAAGCAAAUUUGCACUUGUCGAAGAGCUCGAAUGGGGUGGUAGCGGAGCUGUCGGCAGCGGUAAGUGUCAGUUCCGUGUCCUUGCCGAUGACGAGAAUGUAUAUACGACACAAGCAUUCUGGAAGACUCUGGGCAGGUUUAUUUUGAGAGAGCGCGAGCAAGCUAUACCAAGGAGACAUUUGAUUCCCGCAACCCUGGAUCGGCUUAGCAAAGGCUUUUCCGUUGGUCGUUCUGUUUCCCUGCCAGGAUCCAGCAAGGAAAAAGUACCCGUCGCUGAAGCUCUGUCAGAUCCAACCUCGAGAAGCGUCAGAGAUAGGUUCUUGCUGACAAGAAGACGCAGAGAAGUACAUUCUGAUGGUGAGGAUGCCAGAGAAUCAGAUGUACUUACAGCUGCGAUACAAUUGAAGAAGACGACACUAAGAAGAUUUUGCGCGUGGAAGUCAUAGUGGCAGUCGAGGGCGACCGCGUUAUCCUCCCUUUUUGUAACCAGGAGGAAUCAUUGAACGCUCUGUUAAUCGUGUGUCGCCCCCGAUCCUAAAUUUUAAAUACCCGCAAUUCCCCAUCACGUUCAAACCUCAAACAACAAAUUGUGAUUUUACUUUCUGUUUGUGUUUUGUUUUUUUUUUAUAUUCUUGAUUAUUACAGCAAGUAUAUAAUGUUUGUGUGAGAGAGUUAAGAAUUUAUUUAUGAUUGGUUAACGUUAAAAAAUAAAUCUCCAAAAAGGUAUUUCUUAAUAUACCGUAUAUCGAGAUACUAGUAUAUAUCUUAUGAAACUUGCUAAGGAGGUAAACAAUAGGAGGUGAACUUCGACAAAAACUCAUACACAUACACGCGACUUUUUGAAAAGCUUUUUCGAUAACGAUCGUUUUUAGCAAAUUUAAUCUAAGCACACAAAUUUGUCUACCACCAUUAGUGAUUCGUUUUUUUUUAUUGUAUGUCCUUAAUUGAAUAAUUGAAAGUUUAGUUAGAACAAAUUAUGAAACCUUGAUGAUUUUUUCGAUAAUGGCAUUUUCAAAAAGUACAAAAGAGUAAGGCUCUUUCACUCGUAUUCGGAUUGCAGGGCGUUCUUGAAUAACAAUAACAUCUCUGUCGAUUAUCUUGAUAACAUGUUCAACAUUUAUAAUGCAAUGAAUGUAAAAAUUACGCAUAAAAAAUAAGGUUUAUAAAAUAGAAAAUACAUUUACAAAAAAAAAAUAACUAUGGCUUACAAACACGAUGAGAUAUGAUAAAAUCUCUUAGUCAAAUAGCAGGAAAUACUGAAAAGUGAAAAAAGAAAACGCCUACUCUAUAAUACAUAAUGCAUUUCAUAGAUGAUGAAACAAUGACAAUGAUGUACUGCAUAUUUACGAUAUUAUAGUUUUCUUACGGCCUUUUCCUAGCCCUUGUAGUUAAUUGUUAUUACACUACUCUUCAAGAUGUCGCUGUAUAAUUCCAUUUCAUUUAAAAAAUGAAUGUUGGUCUGUACGAGGCAGAAGUUAUCCUUUUGCCAAUAUAUAAUGUUACUAUUAUUAUUGGCAAUCCGAUAUUUUGUAAAACUUAUAUUAUUGUAUAUUUUUUACAAAAUUAAGAGAACAUGAAAGAAUAAAAUGAAAUUAAAUCAUAUCGGUGCAAAAUAUUUGUUGCAUCGCACUCUCGAUAUCUCUUAUAGUAUCAUGAAAUUCAGUUGCAGUUCGAGGUGAAUGCUUUUUUAAGUUAUAUCAGAGCCUCAUAUCUUAUCUCAACACGGAUUGUGAUAAAAAUAUAAAGUAAACCUAAGAAAGUCCCGUUAUUAUCAGAUGCUCUGUGCUAAUUUACGUGAAUGAUGUAAUUUUUGUCACUUCAUGAAGAAAAUAUAUGAAUCAAGAUAUUACUAUAUAAAUAUGCAUAGCUAUAUUAUAUUUUGGAUGUAAACAAAAUUUUUAUUUUGAACGUUGUAGCCGUUGAUCGUGCUUUGAAAAAAAUCUUCUAAAUAUUGUUGUUACUGAGUAGAUACAUGAUGACAUUUUAUAUAUAUACUUUCCUAAUUGAAUACUCGGUUAAGCUAUAAUAUUAAAACUAUAUACUAAUUCAUUAGAACUAACGGUAAUAACAGCCAACGUAACUUCUGCUGCAAGUUUCUAAUUAUUAAACUUAUGAACGAGUUAUUCGGUCAAAGUGAGAUGUAUCUAUGAAAUUUUACAGAUAUAAAGGAAAAAACUCGUGUUAGUGCAUAAGAAACGUAAAAAAAUACACGUUUUUCACGUUUGUGCAGUCUUAUGUAAGUUUAUUAAUUGAGCCAAAUAAGCAUUCGCCUUGCAACAAAAUAGUUUUUGAACGGAAUUUUCAAAGGCACUAUUUGUUAUAUGCACAAAUGGUCUUUUGGAUCACAGUAUUCGUCGAGACUGCGCUCCAAUUUUUGCGCAAGGUGAAAUAAUCACGCACUCUAAGAUUAUUUAUAAUAAAAUUAAAUAAUCGUUAAAAAUAGUACGAUAUAUUAAAAUAAAAAUGUAUGCAUAUAUAUUAUUCUAACAACUUGAAACUCAAAUAGUGUGUUAUACACUAAAAAAUUUUCAAUCAUAAGGAAAAAUAUAUAUAAAUAAGUUGAAAAAAAAGGUUUUAGAAUAACAUGAACUCUCGUCGAGUGCCAAUUGCGUACACUUCCAAGUCAAUGUCAACGCCAUCGAUUCGUCGAUCAUACAUUCAAAAGUUACUAAAAGCUUUUCAAAAUGCCCUUCUCUAUAAAAUAAUAUGUUACUUAAACGCAUAAUGACAACGCAAGAUGGGAAAUAUUAAAAAAAAAAGAAGCAAUAACCCCCAUUUUUUCUAUCUUGCGCUUAGAGACUUUUAUUUUUCUACAACGAAUACACAAUAGAUAAGUGACAGAAACGUCAUCACUUUUUUAUACCCAUUACAACAGAUUUUUCGACUUGCAUAAUGCAUCCUUUAUAAUUUUUUCAAAAAGAUUUUUAAUUUACUGUCAACUUUUAAUAAAUUCAAUAAUAUUAUAAAUUCUUUUUCCCAAAUUUUCACUCAGGCAAUACGUAGAAAAAUUUUUUCCCGAUUUUAUUAAUUUAUUUUAAAAAUAUAUGCAAAUUUCUUCGUUAAACAUUUCUCAAAACAAUCGUCCAAUUUCAUCAAUCUAUAUUGUAUACCUGUUACAAUCGAUGGAUCGACGCGCAAUUGUAAUUAUAUUCAAAUUUCUAGGACCUCACGUAGAAGUAAACAUCGAUUAGACAUAGAGUAAUGACUAUUUCAAGAAAUGGUAACAGUUGAAAUUGAGCGAUAAAUAAGCGGGAUUGAGAUAUUUAAUAUAUAACAUUAGAAUAUGUGUAGAUAAUGUUUCUUCUAUAUUGAAUUAUGCAAAAUUUCGAACACGAAUUUCAUAUCUAGAAAUAUAUUUUAUGGACUUUAAUAGUUUGGUCCCUUCAUUUUCAGGUGUAAUUCUCAUCAACAAGAACAAAUUAGUUUCUAUAAGUUUUAUGUUUUGAAUGUAUAAGUGUUAUAACUAUAUUUAUAAUGUUAUAAUUAUCAAUUUAUCGAAAUAAUAUAUUUACCUACAUAAAUAUAGUUUAUUAUAUAAAAAUGGAUUUUUGUACUUGAUAACAAACAUGUAAAUCUAUUAAAAUUGUUCAGAUGUAUUGUUGAACUACGAAUAGGGUUAUUAUUAAUAAAAUGAACGUUGCUUUGUUUUCAUGGUUUUUUAUAGUUUUAUAUAGAAAACAUUUAAUGUAAAGCAGUGAAUUUCAUAAACAGAAUAAUAGAAGUAUUAAAAAGUAAACUUUCGUGUUCGAGAUUGAAAUGUUUAGAUUUCCUACUCUUCCUUCUUAAUAAUAGGGUGCGCGUUUCAAAAAUAAAAUGAUUCACUAGAUGCCAGUGCUUCUAUGAUCAUUAUACAUAUAACAGCGUACGUAAUUAACUACUUUAAAUAUUCGGGACCAUUCUGAUAAAAUAUUUAAUAAAAAAAAUUUUUAACAAAAAAAAUACAUUUUUUUGACCGUAAGCAGUAUUAAGUUUGUAAUUGAUUUCUUUUGCAUACAUUCUAUAACCUAUAAAAUUAUUGUGUACAUAUCUAACAAUGUUCUUGAUAGCAUUGCAUAAUACAUAAAAAAAGUAUUGGCGCACAAGCAGAUUUAUCAUGUGACUAUAUAUAUGGAAAUAAAAAUACGCACAUGAAGCCAUUCAUAAAAUGUACGAAAGUGAACACAUAUACAGCGAUAUAAAAAAGUGAUUAAGUUAUAUCAAAUGAACCCAAAUGGAAUAGUUCUGAAAUGUUGUGUAAUGUUUCUUAAGUACAAUUCUAAUCAUCCGAUCCACUUUUUCGAAUUAGUACGUACCGUAGCCAGGCUGGCCGGGCUAUCAAAUAUUACAUGCGUUCAAACUACUGAUUCGUUUCAAUAAUACAAUAAAAUAUUGUAACUUGAGUUAUGCGACUGGUUUUUCGCAUACAUUUAUCCAUACAAUACUAAUUUGAACAAUUCUACUUAUAAAACGAUACAACAGUUUUUCAAACUUCAAAUUUUCAAUUUUUUUAUUAUAAAUAUUGUCUUUGUAUCGAAAGUAAGGAAAUACAUUUUUUAUUACAAUACCAUAAGCUAUUAAUCUAUUGAAAAAUAAAUAUAAAGUGAAAACAUAGGUAUCACUACAAAAAUUAGAUAAUGAAUUGAAAUCGUUUAAAAAUGUAAAUUUUGUGUAUUCAUAACGCUUAAGUUGGUAUGUUAAAAAAUGUUAUUUCAUUUCAAUAAUUAAUUAAACAAACUAUUUUCAUUUACAUAGAGAACAGAUAAUAUGUUCAUGGAUAUUGUUCUACGAGAAAGUCAUUUCAUGUUUUAGUAACGAGUUUUAUGGAUAAAAUAAAUUAAUUGAAUAGUUACCCUCAUAAGCAAAUAUUAGACAUUUUAUCAGUUUUAAUAAAAUAAUAAUAAAAUGUAUUUGGAUUUUUGUAUAAUGUAUUUUUAUUCGCUUACACCUGAGAUUUUCAUUGUUACGCAUAUCAUCUCAUGCAAACCAAACACUUGAUCACAUACACGGUGAAUAUUGUACACUACAUCCGCUUUUCUAACAUUUUGCUUUGCAACUUGGGAAUGCAUACGCUUCGUCGAUGAAAAAAAAUAGUUAUAAUGAAAGGAAUUAUUGUUAUACAACUAAUGUUCAGAAACAAAUGACAUGUCAUAUAACAGAAUUUUACCCGUGGAAAAAGUUCACAUAAAAUUAUUAAAAAAGGUAAGUCACAUUCCGAAAUGUAUUCACAUGUGAUGCGCCAGAGACUGUUUGGUAAAUAAAUUGAACAAAUUUGGAAUGUGCUUGUUUUUAUUAAAAUAACGUGGGAAUUCGGUUAAUUAAAAAAAUAAUAUAGCGGAAUAAAAAAUUAUUCUGUAUUCUUUGUGAAUGCAUAGUAGAAUUAAUAAUUGAAAUACACUGUAACUCUUGCCGUAGCAUAUAAUUACAUAGAGAAUAAUAUACUUUGGCGUAUUUUACCGAGUAGUUUUUCUCCAUUUGUUUCAGAUAAAACAAUAAAAAUAUUAAUAAAUAUUGACUAUACAAACGUAUAACCCAAAGCAUGCGGCCAUUUAGAUUAUGAAAAUCGCUAUUACUUAUAGUUAUUACAAUAACUAUUCAUUAUGAUUAACAUUGUUGAUGCAUCUACGUGUAAAUAAAAAUAAAGAGCAUUU